ACUUACACGGGCAAUAUACUAAUAGCAGUGAACCCUUUCCGGAGGUUGCCCCAUUUGUAUGAUAUACACAUGAUGCAACAGUACAAAGGAGCUGCUUUUGGGGAGCUCAGUCCCCAUCUUUUCGCAGUUGCAGAUGCCUGUUACAGGGCAAUAAUCAAUGAACAUGGAAGCCAGUCCAUCUUGGUGAGUGGCGAGAGUGGGGCUGGAAAAACCGAGACAACUAAAAUGCUUAUGAGGUAUCUCGCUUUUAUGGGCGGUCGGUCAGGAACGGAAGGUAGGACAGUCGAGCAACAAGUUUUGGAG